AAAGGGGGCGGGGCCCGAAUUCUCCACCAAUCCCCGUGUUUCUACGUUUAAAUCGCUCUUUGUGUCAGUCGUGUGUUUUUCCUCUGCUCGCGCUUCGCCUCCCUCUAUCGCCAUAUUGGGCGCUGAAAAGCCUCCAGUUUGUUCUUCCUAUUUUUUUUUUUUUACUACGACGCUGAAGUCGACAGGAGCGGCCGUCUUCGGGACUUUUUUUUUGGUGUGUGUGUGUUUUGAUGCUCCGUGGGAAGGAAAUCUUUCACUCGUUCGUGUUUUCUUCGUGCUCUCGGAGGCGCUCGUGGGGGAUUUAAAAUUGCGCGUCUCCGGCGUGGCAUGCGCGCUCCCGGGGCCACUGGUGUGUCUUGAUCGCUGUUCAAGUUCGCGUUGAUCCAGGAGGACUUUUUUUAUUAUAUAUAUUUAUAUUUUUCAACAACAACAAAAAAACACCACCACCGAUGAUAAUAAUGUCCGACGUGCGCGUGUCGAACGGGAGCCCGACCAUGGAGCGGAUGAUGGACGCAGCGCGGCUGUCGGAUCAGCCCAAGCCGUCGGCGUGCAGGACUCUGUUCGGUCCCGUGGACCACGACGAGCUGAAGCGGGAUUUAACGGCCCACCUGAGCGAGAUGGAAGAGGCGGCGGCCGAGCAGUGGGAGUUCGAUUUCUCCACGCACACGCCGCGGCAGGGAGCCAAGUUCCUGUGGACGCUGGUGGACAGCGCGGAGCUCCCGGGGUUCUACACCGCGUGUCCCGCCGGGAAUAACGCGCUGGAUGUGAACGGGAACUGUGGAAUAACCGCGGAGAAGAAAGAGGACAGAACCGAGAAACAGACCGACAAGAGGAAGAGACCCGCGUGUAUCGAUUCCUCAUGUCCAGUGAAACGCUCACGGUCCUGCUUAGAUGAACCUCCACACACACCGAGGAAAUGCAGUCCAACGAGACACACGUAAAUGCAGCUGAGAGCUGUGGACGUUCUCUCCCUCCUGACGGCUUCAGUGCUUGGCGAAGGAAAAACUCACGGGGUGAAGAAGGACAGGGAAGGAAAAGCUCAUCAGCUCGGAGAGCGCGGGAGACCGGACAAGCACUGAAACAAACGUUGUGGCACUAAAAAAAAUAAAUAAAUCAACUGCCUCAAAAAAGCAGUCUAUGUAGCAGUGUGCAAUUAGGUUUAAUCUCCUUUUUUGCUCAUUUUUUUAUUUUUAUUUUUUUCUUACUACCUGUGUACAUAUAUAUUUUUUUUUUUCGUAUGUAGCACAUAAUACGUUUUGUUGUUGUUGUUUUGUUUUGUUUUGCAGUUCUGGUCUAGGUGAAUUCCGAUUGACUUGAAGAGCUGCGAUUUUAAGGGUGUAUUUUUUUUUUUUUUUUUUUCUUUUUUUUUCCAUCCCCCAAAAUGCUGUUUGCUACUAUUGCUGAUUAUUUUAAAGGUGGUUUAUUCUCACUUUCCAACGAUUUGAACGCGUGUGUGGUCACCGAAACCCACUGGAGCGUCGACACGUGCUCGAACAGCUGCGCACACCUCCAGCUCUGGGGUUAUACAUGGUACAUAAAUUUCCUGGUCUUGUGUAGAUCUGCGCACUUUUUUUUUUUAACCUCUCUGUUCGUUCUCUUGUGAAGAAAGACCUCAGACGUUCCUGAAGAGAACGCAGGGGCCGAUCGAAAAAAACGCCAGCUCACCUCUAAAUUAUUACGACUUGCCCAACACGUUCGGUUACAGACAAGGUCAAAAACCACGUAGCACGAACCAGUAUUAACAGCGCGUGAGGCACAAGAUGAAAGCUUCCCUCAUUGAUUUCUAAAUUAUUAUUAUUUUUUUUAAACGUAUCUCGAUUACUAUAAUUUUUUUUUUUUAUUACGAGUGAAAAUUUCUACUGAUGGCCUCUUAGAUUUCCUUUUUCAUUUCACUUGGCUUGACUUCCAGCACUCCACCCCCCCCCACCCCACCCUUUCCAACACAUUUGGUGUAAUAUCUGAAACAGCUGUAUGAACCUACACACCCAUUCGAUUCUGUGGUUAAUUAUAACAAUUUUAUUUAUAGAAUUUUUUUUUUUUUUUUUUAAGAACUAUAAAUGAAUUAUUUCAGCAGACCACACAAGCCUGUGUAUUUGUUUCAACUUUGAAGUGUACCUGUGUACAUAACUUUUGUAAAAACACUGAGAAAAUUAAAACUAACUUAUUUAUGUCGAGGUUUUUUUGUUUGGUUUUUUUUGUUUGUUUUUUUUUAUCUAAAAAUGUUUGGUCAUGGUUAUCCAAAGUGAGUUAUUGUUAAAAAAAAAUGUUUUUCUUCCUUAAAUAUUUUAACAAAUCAUUGUGUAAGGUUGCAAACUGAGCCUGGUUUUAAAAAAGAAAAGAAAGAAAAAAAAGUAAUAUUGCGGUGUGUGCCGUUUUUGUUCUGAGUGGUUGAACGAUGUGCUGAAAUCAAUUAAAAAAAGAAUUAAAUUAUAA